AUGACCGUCGUGUUUGCCGUGGCUGCUGGUCUUCUGGUGCUAUUGUACAUUUGUACAAGGACCAACGGGAAAUUGGGUGUGAGAAAAGGGGAGAAGCCUCUUCUAAAACUGCCCCUCAUCGGCGACCUGCAUGACUCGCCCAUCGACAAGCCGUUGGCCAAUUGGGACGCCUGGGCAGAACAUAAUGGCGCUAUUGUGUUGGGCAGACUUUUUGGAAUUGUGCCCAUCGUCGUUCUCAACUCGGCUGAGGCCGUCAGUGAACUCUUUAGCCGGCGCAGUCGAUGGUAUAGCAACCGGCCAGCCUCGGUGACAAUGGAGAUGAUCACGGGCGCGGAGCCAGGCCAGUCACGAUUCACCCUGAUGCACGACUACGAUGAUCAUCUCAAGUUGCACCACCGCAUGCUUGCCCCAAGCUUGGGUGCUGUGGCGGCCCCGCAGUAUCAGCCACUGAUGGAAUUAGAGUCGAAGCAGCUGCUAUUCGAUCUCUUAGAUUUGACUGGGCGAGCCUCCGGCGGUACUACAGUAAGCAUGAACACUGUUUACCCCUUUCUAGAGCGUACCCAGUCCAGUAUCAUCUUAGCAUUGCAUUAUGGAUUACGUAUCACACGGCCCGAGGAGCCCAUUCUGCACGAGAUUGUCGACAUUCAAGCCACUGUGACACAUCUCGCCGCUAACCCUGCUUUGCCCGACCUGGUCCCCGUCCUCCGCCACCUGCCGGUCUGGAUGUCCCCGUGGAAGAGAUUUGCCAACCGGCUCUACGCCAGGCAGGUUGACCUGUAUAUGCGUCUAUUCCACCACGGCCGCCACGUACGGGGAUGGAACGCCACAAAGCAGGGGCUAUCAACCGCCAACAAAUACGCUCCGAAAGAAAGCCCGGUGUCCGAUCUCGAUCUUGCCUUCACCCUGGCCACAUCAGUCCAAGGCGGCAUGGAGAUUUUACCGCGCCAGAUGCUGUGGCUGUUCAUCGCCGCGUCCCACCGUCCAGCCGUUUUCGCCCAGGCGCGUGCGGUCCUCGAUACGGUCGUUGGACGCGACCGUCUCCCACGAUUCUCAGACCGCCCCCACCUAGCUCUAAUCGACGCCAUCGUGCACGAACUGCUUCGCUGGCGGCCCAUUGCGCCGGGCUCGAUCCCCCGCAGGGCGGACCGCAAUGACGAUUAUCAGGGUGUCACGAUCAAAAAGAACGUCGCAAUCAUGGCCAACGCCUGGGCGAUCGGUCGAGAUGAGGUGGUGUUUGACCCGGCCCUGGGCGAUGUGCAGGAUUUUAUCCCUGAACGAUGGCUGCGCUCGGACCCAGGCGGGGAGACAAGACUCCAUGCCGACCUUCCUCUGCCGGUCUUCGGGCAGGGUCGGCGAAUGUGCCAGGGGAAACGAGUUGCCACCGACGGGGCUUUCAUGCAGGUGGCUCACUUGCUCUGGGCGUAUGAGAUUGGGGACACUGCGGACAUCACGGUAGAUCCGUGGAAUAUGACCGUAGUUGGAUUCAUGACGAUGCCGACGGAGUGUAAAUUUCACCUCCGCCCUCGGGGUCAUUGGGUGGUGGAGGUGAUCGAGAGGGAAUGGGCUGUGGCCGAUAAAAGUCUAGACAGGGUUAUGGGAAGCGCGCAUGACGUGGAGAAGUAGAGCGUUCCUGUUUCUUUAUAUGCUCUGCUCGACCGCAUCGGGGCGCCCCGUAGUAUAUCAUCUGCCUAUGAUGGCUCGGUUCAUGAGGCAACCAUUGUGACCACUGAGACAAUGCAAUCAGUCAACAUGCCGUCUGAUCUGCACAGUUAUCUCGCACAGAU